AUGGAAUAUCUUUGCAUUACCUCCAGUGAUACUCAGAAGCGUAUACUGGAGAAGCUUUGUGCGCUUUCAUCAGGGUUGUACUAUACAACUAUACAAAUUGAGGCACAUAAUGUCAUGGACCAGAAGUUCAUUGACUCAAAUACUUUUAAGCUUUGGCAUGACCGGUUAGGUCAUCCUGGAUCCACCAUGAUGCAUAGGAUUAUAACCAACUCUAAAGGACAUCCCUUGUUGACAAAACAUAUUAUGUUAUCAAGUGACAGCUCUUGCCAAGUUUGUUCACAAGGGAAGCUGGUGAUCAAACCAUCACAACCAAAGGUUGAUAUUGAAUCCCCAUCAUUUUACAGAGAAUCCAAGGGGACAUUUGUGGGCCUAUUCAUCCUCCAUGUGGACCAUUUCGGUACUUUAUGGUCUUGGUGGAUGCAUCUACCCGAUGGUCAUGUGUUUUCCUUUUGUCCACUCGGAAUAUGGCAUUUGCUAGGAUCUUGGCUCAGAUAA